UGUGCUGGCAAGAGGAGCAAAAAAAAUAUUUUUAUUUUAUUAAAAUAAUAGACUAUACUUAAUGGAAUCAUCAAGAUUUUUUGUGGCUAAUUUGCCCACCAAUACCACAGAAAAAGACUUAAGAAAUUUAUUCCAAGAUUAUGGACCAAUUACAAAUAUUGAAUUGAAAACAAAAGAAAAUCUUGUUGAUCCAGAUGAUAUUAAAGUUAUAGCCUUCGUGACACUUAAUAUUGGAGCCGAGGAUGCUAAAUACAGUUUAAAUGACUUAAAUUGGAUGAAAGUUCAUGGUCAACAAAUUAAGGUUUCAUUGGCUAAGGAGUCAUUUUUGGAACGUUUGAAGCGUGAACGAGAAGAAGCUAAAGUUGUCAAUGAUGGAUCAUUGCAAGCUUACGAGCAGCCCUUUGAAUCACAGUCGGAAUUGCUAAAGGCACCACGUGAAAAUAAACGCAAAACCUUUGAUGUCGAUGCUGAAUUGGACGAUGAUGAGGUGGCACCUGAAUUAAUGAUUAGCAAAAAACGUGCCGCCAGUUCUAUGCACAAUGGCAGGAUCGUUAUUCAAAGUUUGGAUGUUCAACCACUGCAUGUAAUUGAAACAAAACACAAGAAGAAAAUGCAAUUGGACAAAAACUCCAGCAGUGCAGAUCAAAAACGCAAGGAAUCGCUAAAUAAAAUGAAAAAUCAAUAUCAACAAAAUAAAACAGCUAUUCAACAAGCUUUACAAGGUUUGGAUGGCCAAUCAUCGAAAAAAAUUAAGUUUAGCGAUGCAGAAAGUGAUGAAGAGGUCGAAAAGCCCCAAGAAACAAUACAAAAAUCCAAAACAGAUAUAUUCGGUUCUGAUGAUGAUGAGGAAAAUGAUUUGAAUUUUAAAUCGGUGCCAUUAGGUAAAAAAGGUGAAAAGUUGGUGAAAAUGCAAGCCACUCAAAGUUUAGAUCCACGUUUCCGAAUUGAUGCCAAAUUCGUAGACGAUGACGAAGAAGGUGAUGAAAAUGAAGCUGAUGGAAAGAACGGGGAAAAAACAAAUGAGGAUGAAGUAGACAAUGAACGUGAUUGGCAAAUGAACAUAUUGGAACAAGUAGUGGGCACUAAAUUGGAUACCGUAAGAAACGCCGAUAAAACUCAAAAAAAUAAGAAAAUGUUACGUUAUGAUCCCUCUAAAGAUGAACAUCAAAAAUUCGAACGCAGUCGAGAGGAAGAUGCUGAAAUUAAAAAAGGAAAACAAAAGCAAAGCAAAACAAAGGAUUCGGCAGCAGAUGAUGAAGGUACAAAAAGUAGUGCCCCAGCGGAAGUAUCAAAAGAAGUGUUUUAUGUUGUAACAGAUACGCUACAGCAAUCCUUGCGCACCAGAGGCGAGGGUUUCAGUUUAUUGAAUAUGUUUGGCAACAAUGAACAAUUGGAACAACGUGACGAACAGCUUAAACAACUCGGCAAUGAAAAGAUUUUAGUUAACAAUAAAUUGGAAAAAACAUUUACAGUAAAUCCCUUUAGCUAUGACUCUUCCUCAGAAUCGGAGAAUGAGGACACAGAAAAAGACCAAGAGAACCUUAGUCCUAAAGAAGAUGAAAAAGCCGCUGCUAAAAAAUCCAAGAAAAAACCUAAAAUUGCUACAGAAUCGUUUUUCAUACCCAAGAACGAUAUACGUCUCAAAGAGGGUUCUAAAUUCUUUAUCUACAAGAAAACCGAUGAAGCUUCCACCGAGAAUUAUGAAGAAGUUCGUAAUCGUUUGAAACUUUUGAUUAAAACUAAAAUUACAAAAACUAAAAAGAACUUAGCCAAUGCUGGCUAUAAAGGAAAGAGGAAAGUUUAAAAUUUACUUGAAUUUUAUUACCUAAAGUUUUAUAUAGUUUGUUAAGUGGUAAUUUUAAUUUUGAUAAUUAAAUUAGUUAAUAAAUUCUAGUUUGUUAAUAAUUUUUAAAGUUCAAAUAACUUCUUGAGAUAAAUAAAAACAUGUAUUUGUAUACUAGUUCCAACGACAA